UCUUCGAUCUUGUAAAUUGGGAUUUGUAAUAUUUUAAUUAUAUAGACAUAUUGCUUUGUUUUAUUGUGAAAAAAAAACACAUUUAUAACGCCGAACAAUGAUUGACAAACAAAGGCUUUAUUUAUAAAAUGUCGGAAAGGAAAUCUAAUGAAAAUACUACAACAAUUACUUUUGAUCCUAUUCUGCCAGACAGUGGAAUUCUUUUCUACGAAGAAUGUCCAAAGGAAUAUGAAAUUGAUCCUCCAAUAUUAUUACCAUUGAAGAGCACUACCCAAAUACGAUUUGAAGAACUUCAAAGUGAAGCUGUUCGAGCUUGGAAAGUAUCACAGAAAACAGCAAGAAAGAAGGAGUGAAAUAAUUUUUAUAGUACUCAUUGAACAACAUGUAUUACACACUAUUUAUCAUUGAAAUUAUUUCUGCGUUGAUCCUUGCAGCAACUUUGCUAUACAGAUAUGGAGACUGUUACAGGAAUCACAUAAUUGUCACUGUAUCUGUGCUGACAGCAUGGUAUUUCUCAUUUUUGAUCAUGUUUAUUUUGCCACUGGACAUAUCCUGGACUGUGUAUAGAACUCAUCAAUGUUUAAAUACAUCAACUCCACUUGAUUCAACUUCUUUGAGUAACUCUACUACGGCAGCACCGGCACCUCAAUGCCCAAUAUCCUGGCCAGAUAAAGUUUUUCCAAAUUUGUGGAGAGUUGUGUACUGGACAUCACAAUGCUUGACUUGGUUAAUAAUGCCCAUGAUGCAAUCAUAUAGUAAGGCAGGUGAUUUCACUGUCAAAGGCAAACUAAAGUCCGCUCUAGUUGACAAUGCAAUAUAUUAUGGGUCUUAUUUGUUUAUAUGUGGUAUACUACUCAUUUAUCUGGCAUUUACAUCUGGAGUUACACUAGAUGGGUCUAAAAUUAAGGCAAUUGCAUCAUCAGCCAGUAAUACAUGGGGAUUAUUCCUAUUGAUCUUGCUGCUUGGUUAUGCACUAGUGGAAGUGCCAAGAAACUUAUGGAAUAACUCAAAGAAAAAUUAUACAUUGACAUACUGCUAUUUCAAGAUUGCAAAACUGAGUACUGAUAAGUUUGAGGCUGAAGAAACUAUUGACGACAUUUUAGAGAGUUUAAAUUGUGUAACAGCAGCCGUUGGUUCAGGACACCCUUUGUACCGACACGUUGAAACAAUUGUCCAAAAGCUUCCAGUACAACUAAGAGAUAAACUGGGUUCUAGGGCGCCUCCCGAACGGACACCACCGCCAUCUUUGAAAAGCCUCAUUAAUUUACAUAAAAAGACUAUAAAGGCCCUGCAUGUACUCCAGCGCACUGAAACCCAAUAUAGUCUGAUGCUGGAGAGAACCUACCAUUUGGAAGAUGUGGCUGCCAACUGCAGGUCACCAGACCAUCAUUUCCAGCAUACUUUUCAGAUGUCCCGACCGAAGGUUCAAAGGAUCUUGUAUCCACCAUUAGUUGAAUGGUACUGGGAGUGCUUUCUAAAGCAAUACUUCUUGAAAACAAUGGCCGUGGUUACGGGAAUAUUGUCAAUAAUGGUGGUAUGGUCUGAAGUGACAUUCUUCAAUAAGGAACCAGUUCUAUCUAUUUUCGCUAACAUCGUAUCUGCGGCUGGAAAGAAUUUCAACUAUAUCGCUAUUGUGACAAUAUCAACCCUAAUUAUAUGCUACAUAUUCUACUGUGCCUACUCCACGGUGCUAAAGAUCCGGGUUCUGAACCUAUACUACUUGGCCCCCCACCACCAGACCAAUGAGUACAGUCUGAUAUUCUCCGGAAUGAUGGUGUGUCGUCUCACACCAGCUAUGUGUCUUAACUUCCUUGGACUGAUACAUCUUGACUCACAUAUUAUUACUCAGAGGAUUAUGGAGACUUAUUAUACACAGAUAAUGGGCCACAUGGACGUCCUGCGUAUUAUAGCUGAAGGAUUCAAUAUUUAUUUCCCGAUGUUAGUAAUAUUGCUAUGCCUGGCUACGUAUUUCUCUCUGGGUAGUAGGUUACUUUCGCUGUGUGGAUUCCAGCAGUUUGUUGGUGAUGAUGAUCUUACCACGGACUUGGUGGAUGAAGGACGGGAGCUCGUUAAGAGAGAGAAACGUCGCCGCCAACGCGUUGAAGAAUCUAUGUCACGCAGAAGGGACUAUAGCGAACGGUUAUCCGCUUACAGGCCGAGGGAUACGGAUGGAGCCCGCACCGGGCUUCUUCACGAUAUUGGUACGGACCAUUACGCCUCACCAGAACGGACAGACAUACACUCAUACCAACGCGCAGAGUUGCCAUACAACCGCCAAGAUGACAUUGACAGGCGAUUCGGCGAAAGUACUCUGCCAACUGUCAGAACCGAAGAGAGAAGGCGGGACAAAUUAACUAUUCCUCCCAAAGGAUUGUUUGACGAUGUGUAAUUCGCAAUUGUUUCGAACAUAUAGUAUAUAUUCUAAGCCAUACAUUUAGUACAUUGUCUAUAUUAUAUAUAUUAAUAGAUGCCUGAUUAAUUAACGACAAAAUAAUGCGUUUACUCUGAGUAUGGCUACAUCACGUACGUAUAACAGAGACACGAUAGUGCGAUCUUUAUAUGAAUUAAGUGAGAUAGUAUUUAUUCAAUGCUUUAUAGGAUUUCGUCCAAAAUUCACGGACUUUUGUAGUGUUAAAUUAGGAAGCUAAUUUAUUUUUAAUCAUGUGAGCUUAUAGAAUAAGAUAGAUGUCCGCUCUAAACAGGGCAUGGAUAUCGAACAGAAACAAAUUUAUACAUUUAAAUACUUAACGUAAUAAUAACAGCGAGAAAAUCUUUAUUGCUUUCACAACUUAUCAAUAUUAACUAAAUUUUCACAUACAAGUUUAUCUCUAUAUUGAAAAUAACAGACAUUGAUAAUGUCUUAUAAUAUAACUGUCAAAAGUCUACAGACAAUUAACGCUGUACAUUGCAUACAAAUAAAUGGAAAAUGACGUUUUAUUUGGAAAAGUUGUUUUCGAAACGCGGAUUGAAGACUUUAAUGCAAGUUGCAUUGUCAUGAUUUAGGCAAAAAAAGGUCUAUCGCAUUUGAUACAUAAUAUUUUGCGUAUACAUUUGUUGAGAUCUGUUUAGCUAAAAGUAAAAAAUACGUUGAGGAAAAUAGUUACACCAAUUUAGAAGUUAUUGUGUUAAAUAAACGUACUUUGUCCCUAGAAACAUUUUUCACUGAAACUCGUUUUACGAUAUGAAGGAUUAGCAUAGAUAACAAUGCGGAAACCAGCACGAUAAAAGAUUGUAAAAAAUCUUGAUUAAUCUAGAAUCUUCUCAGAGGAAUAAUGCCAGAGGGAAAACAGCGGAAAUAACGGAUAUACAAAAUUUCGUAAUUGUUAAGAUUAUGGUGUAAAUAAUUUCACUAGUUAGCUAGUUACCGUCUUUAGUAUGUUAAUAGCGCAAUUUAUAUAAACUUAUAUAAGAUAAUCAUCAUACAUGUACUGUGUUUAGUUUAAAUUCAAUGACAUUUGCGAUUAAACUGUUUGCAUCUCAUAAUCUAGAGGCGUUGUAUGUUGUUCCAUUUUUUUUUUAAUUUGCGUCCAGGCUAACGGUCUAAAGUUCAUACUGCCUUGUGUUAUGUUUAUUUUUCAUUAUAUAUACAGUGUAAACUCUACGUACAUAUAACGACACUGAAGGGACUGCAUUUUAUAGCGUUUUAGAGAGUUGUUGUUAAAUGGCGAGAAGAAAAACGUAUUAUUAUUAGUCAUGUUCAACAACAGUCUACACGUGCAAGCAAUCCCGAUUUGUAAACAAAAGAAGGAAUUUCUUAGAAAGUUCGUAUGAAUGAUGCCGUAAGUCGAGUUUAUUGCGGACUAUAAUAAAGCGACAAAAGAAACGUACACAGCUGCGCAGUUUUUACUAAAUUUAGCAACUUAAAAGUCGUUAUUGGGAGUGGGUGUAAUUGUAUGGAAGACAAGCUAAACCAACCAAAUUCAAUUUGAUCUAGACGCUUUAGGGGGUUCGUCGUUAAAUAGAGGGACUUAACAUAGUUUACACUGUAUUUAGUAAAACGCUAAUGCAAUGGAUGAGAGAAUCGGCCAUUUUGUUUAUUCGGUAUUAACAGUAACUUUUCCGUAACGUAAUCCCAGUUCACGUUUAUUUAGAAGAUUUUUAAUAUGCCUGUUGUAAUUAAUAAUUGCUAUUGAUUAAUGAAUAUUGUAGAGUAGUAUUGAAAUUAAGUCUUAUUAAAAAAAUAUAUAUAUUGAGCCUAUCUAAUAAAAUUUAAGUGUACAAAAUGCUUUCAUUGAUCCUAGCGUGGGAUUUCAAAUAAGAAUUACACUUGAUUAUAUAAGACAAUAACCUAAAAUUGAUGAUCAUUUUUAAUCUGUACAAAAAUAACCCUAAAAUCAUGCAGAUUUUUUGAUGAGUUUCGUUUUAAAAUGCCUGUCUAAUUAGGUUAGCGACUAAGUUUUAAAAUCAAAUAGACGCGCUUGCAAUUGCGCGCAAAGCACGCGGAAAGGUCUGUGUUCUGUUGGCGUUACGCACCCGUUCGUAACUUAUCACUUUAAUUAAGUUAUAACGAGAUGAUGCAGAAGAAAGUACAGACCAUGUGCGUUUAUAUAUUCUACAUAUUAACCUCGGUUUAAUUAUUACAAAUGUGUAAAAUGCUUAUAGUACUUUUGUUAAUGUCAUUUAUAACGUACUGGAUUAGAUGUAUAAAAAAAUUGUAGAUCUUGCACGAUUUUCAUGGAUUUUUAUGCACAUUGUUUGUUACCGUCACGUAAAUGAGAGUCGACGGAUGCGCAGGAGUCGUUUUUCUUACAUAUUAAUUUUUUUCCUAUGUAAGCAAAUAUUAUAUAUAAAAAUAAUCAUCAAAUUCCUUUUUAUUUGACGUCUUAAAUAUUUAAACUAGUUUUUAUUUCUUUGAUAUAAAUAAUAUGUUAUGUUUAAUUGAAAAAAAUCGACUCCUGCACAUCUAAUCUCGGUAGCCAACUUGCCGGGAACUAAAUCUGGGUUGUAUUGAUACGAAAACGUUAGUAAAAAAAAUUAUUAAAAUGACAUGAUAUUAAUAUAUGUAUGGCUUAAAGGCUUUGAUAAUAAAUAUUUUAAAUUUUAUUUAUUAAAUACACAUGUAAUUAAAUUUGUCAUAAUUUAUGUAUGCAGCUAUUGUCUUCGUUAUUUCAUUCCAUAGUUUAAGUUAAUAAAGUGUUA